AUGGAGACUAUAAUACACGAAGACUCUCCGCUCGCCGCCUAUCUCGAAGGAGAAGGUGGAGAGGAUACACGAUGGGCAUCAAGCCAUGAUGGGGAUGCGGAUUCUGAUUUGUCGAGUCCAUCGUUUGCUCCACGAGGGAAGCCAACAGUAUCUCUUAAAUUUCGACAUAAACUUCCUCCGCCUCUGCAGCUUAUCCCUCCGCGCAACACCACUGUCGCAGCGAUACAUAAUACCUGUUCCGAAGCUGUCAAUUCACGACUUGGUCGAGCCGACAACGCAAAGUUUCUCGAACGAUUCCGUUAUGUCAUAGUAGCUUCACAACUUCUCAACACACAUUCCUUUCUUGCGCAGACAGGUCAUGGCCAAUCUCGAGAUAUCACAGGGCCUACACUUGACGCCCCGCAAAUUGGAACCUUCACUCUCUCGGGCGCCGCAGCGACGGCAACACUUGCUUUUUCUUUUACAUGGUUAAUACACUGGACACGCGGAAAUGGAACUUUUAUACGUGGGAAGAUCCGUGUAGUAAUACUAUCAUUUACCGUAGUGGUUUCUGCUAUAGUAUUGUAUACAUAUGUGCGGAAGCAGUGGCUCCAAUACCUUCGACAGCAAUCUAUCGUGGAAGCAUCGCAAUUUGUCCACAAAGCACAGGAGUUUGAUGCUGUUGCGGCAGGAGCUCUAACACUCGUUCAAGAAGUUGAACUGGUAUCUCGUGGAUAUAGACUAAGCACACCCUUGCCCCCCGUCAGUCGUCUCGAAGAUCGAAGUCAGACACGAAGAUGUCUACGACUCAGAAAGAUCCUCCGAAUUUCCUUUGCGAACAUUAUUCCUCGGUAUACACAAGCAUGCAACUUAUUGAAGCCCUUAGCGGAAGAGAUGGAUCUGGAUAAAUACUAUGAUGUAUACGACAUAAGCGACUUGGACUAUACGGAGGCUAUGCUAGGCUAUACAGAAGGCGAAUUCGAGGAUGAGGAUUCUGUCAGGGUAUUGAAGAUAUUCGCUGCUAGAUUCCACACUAUCCGAAAGAUUUUUCUUUGUUGCCUUCUUGCAUUUGAUGCGCAUGGCGGUAAACCGGAUUUUCACAGAUGGGGCCUUGCUGUUGAUGAAUUACACACACUUUGCUCCGUCACUUCUGAGGCCGAGAAUAAAAUUCGUCGCAUAUUAGGUGAAGAAGAGAAUUUCCCGGUUCCAACCACUCCAAAGCUACCCCUUACUCCGGGUCGAGAACGUGCGCGGGCACAAUUACGCAAACUGAAUACGCUGUCAUCUGGAAUCCGUGGACUACAAGCGAAAUUGCAUGUUUUGCGCGAGGAGUCUGACAAAUCAUUGAACGACACAGAAGAUGUAUCGGAACUCGGUUCAAAUCUGAUGAUGCAAUACGAUUCAAUAGGCAUUGACUUGAAAGCAUUGAUGCAAGAGUGGGAAGAUGGGAAAGCUGCCUUGGCAGUGAACAUUGACAGGAAUGAGAAACGUCUAUCUUCUAUGUGUGGAACGACAUCGCCAGCAUCAUCUCUAGGAGGUCUAACAGCCGUUGAAGAGGGAACAGCCGCUGACGCUUUGAGGGCUCUAAAUGGUGAGGGAAGAUCUCGGUAUAGCCUUGAAUUGAGUGGUUCCGAAGCAGAAGAGGUGUUUGAAGCAAUCGCGAUACCACACCAACGCAGCAAAUUGACAAGGGAAGAACGUAUUGUGAAGAUGAAGGAGGAUCGUGUGAAAAGAGAGUCCAUGAGAGACCGAGCGGAUGCCAAUACUAAAAUGCUCCGAGAACUCGAGUCUGUAAUUAAUCUACGGCCAAGACCAAGAACUACUCCAGCAGGGAGAAUCACGUCGAUAUGA